CUACCGAGCCUCAGAUCGGUAGGUUGGCUGCCUCGCGACUGCUACCACCAUAACCACCACCCUCUUUCACGAAACCAGUACCAACUACAGAUUUGUGUGUUUGGAGUUUUUACGGCAAGUUUCGACAGGGAAUCGCAUUUAUUAGACUUAACUCUGCUCCUUCUUAUUGUCUCUGGUCUGGAUACCAUUGUCACCCCUUUUUUCUAAAUCUAUAUCUGUCAUCUUUGCUACGAGCUAAAGAACAACUUUUUACAACUAUUUUAUUAUAAUGGCUACCGAACUUCGCAGAAAGCUGGUUAUCGUCGGUGACGGUGCUUGCGGUAAGACUUGUCUGUUAAUUGUUUUCUCUAAGGGCACUUUCCCUGAGGUUUAUGUUCCUACCGUCUUUGAGAACUACGUCGCUGAUGUUGAGGUCGACGGCCGUCAUGUCGAGCUUGCUCUUUGGGAUACUGCUGGUCAAGAGGAUUACGAUCGUCUCCGUCCACUCUCAUACCCCGACUCACAUGUCAUUCUUAUUUGUUUCGCUGUAGACUCUCCCGAUUCCCUGGACAACGUUCAGGAGAAAUGGAUUUCCGAGGUAUUGCAUUUCUGUUCAAACCUCCCCAUUAUACUUGUUGCUUGUAAGGUGGAUCUGCGGAACGAUUCCAAGACUAUUGAAGAGUUGUCGAAAACUUCCCAACAUCCCGUUACUUCUGAGGAGGGUGAGGCCGUUGCCCAGAAGAUUGGUGCUUACAAGUACCUUGAGUGUUCGGCCAAGACGAACAUGGGUGUUCGCGAGGUUUUUGAGACUGCUACUCGCGCUGCCAUGCUCAAGCACAAGCCCAAACCCAAGCCUGUUUCUGGCAAGAAGAAGCGUUGCAUCGUGUUGUAAGCAGAAGACUGUCAUCCACGCCUAAUGUCGUUGUCGUGGUUAACGCACGCACACACGCACAAGCAUAUACACACACAUACACACUUUCCCGAGUCUUUGUAACUCCAUCUCGGCUUAACGUUUAUACAAUCAUUCUACGCAUGGAAA